AUGGAGAUUCUGAUUCGCCUCCCGGACCCUAGAUCCGCCUGCCGCUGCAAAAUCGUCUGCCAGCUGUGGAGGUCCGUCAUCUCCGAUGCCUCCUUCAACCGCCGUUUCGUUUCUCACCGCCAGAUCAUGACUCCGGGCGAUCUCAAAUCCGUCGUCCUCAGCUUCCUGCCUCCGAUGCCUAAUGGGGUUAAAGACCGAGACGCGCUCAGAGUUUUGCACUGCGACAAGGACCUGGUUCUGUGCGGGUUUUGGGAUAAAGCUUGCGACGAUGGGGAAUACAGCAGAUCGUACCUCGUCUGCAAUCCGUUCACGAAGCAGUGGCAUGGUCUUCCUUUGGCGCCCAGGAAGUUGAUUGAGUAUUUAUUUCCGGUCACAAGGCAUAGAAACAGGAAGUAUAAGUUGGCGUGCAAAGGUUUGGUUCAAUCCGAAGGUUUUAAGAUUGAAUCCUAG